AUGUUGAGUUCAACAGAGUUGCUGGAGGAUGACGGUGAGCGCAGCAUUCUGCCAGAGGCUGUGAGGAAGCACCGAGCCCGUGAGUGGGCCCAUGAGGAUAGCUGGGACGUGUCUGGGUUCGAUGCGGAGAUUCCGGAUCCUGCCCUUCGAUUCCCGUUCGAGCUGGAUCCGUUUCAGAAGCGCGCCGUCCGCAGGGUGGAGAGGAGUGAGCAUGUCAUGGUUGCAGCGCACACCUCUGCCGGUAAGACAGUCGUGGCGGAGUAUGCGGUGGCCCAUGCGUUGCAGUUGGGAAUGCGAGCCAUCUACACAUCCCCGAUCAAGGCCUUGUCCAACCAGAAGUUUCAGGAGUUCACCCGUCGUUUCGAGGGCUUGUGCUCGGGCUCGGUGGGCAUUGUCACGGGGGACGUGGCGGUGAACCCGGAGGCCAGCUGUGUCAUCAUGACCACGGAGAUUCUCCGAUCGAUGCUCUAUCGUGGUGACAAGGGGCUCAACCAGGUGAAGUGGGUCAUCUUUGAUGAGGUGCACUACGUCAACGACGCUGAUCGCGGUGUGGUGUGGGAGGAGGUGAUCAUCCUACUACCACCAGAGGUGUCGAUUGUGAUGCUCUCAGCCACGGUCCCGAACUACCGGGACUUUGCUGGCUGGGUCGGCAGGACCAAGAGGAGUCCUGUGUACACUGUACAUACAACUUAUCGACCAACACCGCUGCGACACUUUCUCAGCUUUCGUGGUCACGUCAUUCCCCUGAUGGAUCAUGAGGGGUUCCAUUCCGAAGCGUUCCAGCGCACGCGAGACCUGCAAAACGAGAAGGCCAAAGCAGCUCCUCGGCCCAACCGCCGGGUCUCGGUAACUUUCGAGACCCGGCCGUUUGGGAUGACACCCUUGAAAGGCGAAGGGAGUCCGACUGCGGGUUAUGUUGUGGACAAGGUGAACCACAAUGACCCAUCGAAGCCCGCGGCUCGACUGGGGGUGAAGCCUGGUUGGAUCGUGGCUUCCGUUGCAGGGGAGGACGUCUCCGAUCGGAGCCCCGACGAAGUGCAGCAGCUUACGAAGCAAGUUGAGCUCCCUGUGACGAUGGAGUUCGAGGUCCCAGUGGUUUCGAACAGAGACCAGAAGGAGGGCGCGGCUCAUGGUGAAAAACGCCGUGGCGGCCAAGCGCAGAGGGACCAGGCUCCACAGGCGCGCUCCGCGCCGGCGCCCAGCCGCGAGUCACGGGAGCGUACGGAGACGCUGCGUCUCCAAGCGCUGCUCAGGAGCCUGGAUGCUGAGGACAAGCUUCCGGCAACAGUCUUUGUCUUCUCCCGGCGACGGGUGGAGGCUUUGGCGGCGGACAUGCCAAAUCUGGAUGUCUGCACCGCUGAAGAGAGAUCGAAGGUGCACACCUUCUUGAAGCAGGCCUUCGAGCGCCUCACAGAGGCAGACCAGCAGCUUCCCCAGGUGAGGCGCGUCGCCGAGCUUGCGGGGCGUGGGGUGGGGAUCCACCAUGGGGGGUUGCUGCCCGUGGUGAAGGAGGCGGUGGAGUUGCUGUUCUCCCGUUCCCUUGUGAAGAUCCUCAUUGCGACCGAGACCUUCGCGAUGGGAGUGAAUAUGCCGGCGCGAAGCGUGAUCUUCACAGCCUGGGUCAAGCACGACGGCGCUCAGCGGCGAGCUUUGCUGCCGUCGGAAUACACCCAGAUGGCCGGAAGGGCCGGCAGAAGAGGCUUAGACUCCGAGGGCCACGUCUUCCUGCUUUGUGGCGACGAAGUGCCCGACCAGAAACAGAUCACUCGCAUGAUGACCAGCAAGGCAGAGCCACUGGCGUCACGCUUUCGGGUGACCUUCGCGAUGAUCCUGCAGAUGAAGCGCUUCUCGCAAAGCGGGGUGCAGGUCGAGGACCUCCUGGGACAGUCCUUCCUGGAGAAUGCCCGGGCGCGGCGCAGGCCGGAGGCGCGAAGGCACCUCAAGGACCGCAUGCAGCAGCUGGAGGCCCUUCCGGCCGUGCAAUGCAUCCUCGGUGAGCCAGACAUCGAGGACUACGCGGCCUGGGAAGACGAAGCGAGAAGCUUGGGCAUUCUGUUGCACCGGCGACUCUAUGAGUCGAAAUCUCGAGACCGCAUCUUCUGCCCAGGGCGACUCCUCCGCGUCUUCAAGGCCGACCACUUCGCCUCCACCGACGCGGUGGUGCUGGAGCUCCUGGGCCAGCGCUGCCUUCGCGUGGCCGUGCUCCUGCCGCUGGAGACGAGUGCCCUCUCUGGGCGGUCCGUGAAGCUGGAGGAGUCCUGGAUGCUUCAGGCAGAGCAACUACCGCUCGAGGCGGUGCUGCAGAUCUUCGAGGCCUGCGUCGACCCCCAGAGCAGCAAAGAGGCCUUCAGCUCCGCCGCGGCCAGCGAGGCCGAUGAUGGAGCGGCAAAGGCGGCGGCCCUCCGCGUGGGCCACGAGCUUCUGGCAUGGCAGCAGCAAGGGCUGCAGCCCUUGGCCAUGAACAAGACGCUGAAGCAGGUGGAGGUGGAGUUCUACGACACGCUGCUGCGCCAGCGCGGGCUCCAGCGGAAGCAAGAGAACUCCAAGUGCCAUGACUGUGCCCUGAAGCACCAGCACUACGAGCAGCUGGGUGCACGAAGGUCUCUGGCAGCAGACAUCGAGGACCUGGACCGCGAGCUGGGGGCCGAAUCCCUGGGACUCCUGCCGCAGCUAAGGGCCAAGGAGCAGGUUCUGCGCGACCUUGAGUGCUUGCAAGAGAACGGCCUUAUCUCCUUCAAAGGACAGGCUGCAGCCGAAGUGCUCUCAGGCGAUGAGAUCACCGUUGCAGAGGUGGUGUUCCACAACAUCCUGGAAGGCUGCACGCCACAAGAAGUGGCAGCAGCCGUUUCGGCCUUUGUCUUCCCAGACAAAGUGGAAGUGCCCGAGGAUGGACAGAUGGAGGAGUUGCCGGAGAGCUUGGCCACCAUUCGCCAGGCUCUUCUCGACCAGCACAGCAAGGUAGAGAAGCUCCUUGUGAAGCGCCGGGCCCAAUACGACUCCGAGGAGUUUGCUCGCAGCUGCAACGUUGCCCUCAUGGGCACUGCCUACCGGUGGGCCUGUGGGGAAACCUUGGCCACCAUCAUGCAGGAGUCCCCUUUCCAGGAAGGUGCCAUCGUGCGCGCCAUCGUUCGGGCCGAAGAGCUGCUGCGCAAGCUCCAGGAGGUGGCGAAGAUGCUGGGCAGCAGUAGCCUCCAGAACGUGUUUUCGGAGGCCGCCGACCUGAUUCACCGGGACAUUGCUUUUGUCCCUUCCCUGUACAUUAAGCAGGCGUGA